GCAGUUCCUCUCGGGAGCGGCAAUGGCUAAUUGACGCGUCGCUGGUAGGCAAACAGCCGCUGUCAUUUUUAUCAUUAAUAAUGAAGUCGUUAUCAAGAGUGUGUCGGGCAACUGCAGAGACCAGAGGGCCCGCGUCAGCUCAGUCGUGUGGUAGACGUUAAGCAAGCGACGUCAAGCACGUGAACUAGCGUACGCGCAAUAAACACGAUUGUUGUUUUAUUACACUCGAGACAGACAAACCUUCAAACAUGGAUGUCGAAGCUAUAGUCAACGACCAGGGCGAAGUACUGAGAGCGAAGAUCGUCACUAUGGUUACCCUUUUUGGUGUUUCCAUGCUUGUCGGAUGCGUGCCGAUGUUGAUUUCAAUGAAGUUCAAUUGGUUCACGAAAUCCACCGGACCCAAUAUGAGAUCUUCGAACCGGCUGGUGAUCGGACUAUUGUCGUUUGGUGGUGGCGUUUUGUUCGCAACGACUUUCAUGCAUUUAUUGCCCGAAGUUGAUGAAAACAUUAAAUUAUUACAAGAAAGCGGCGAACUGCGACAUCUACCGAUAUACCUGGCUGCACUGAUUAUGUGCAGCGGUUUCUUCAUGAUGUACUUAGUGGAAGAACUAGUGCACGUCUAUAUCAACAGUCGAGAAAACAAAACAGCCAAUACAAGUUUCACGCGAGUACUGAGUAUCAGGAGGAGCAGCGAGGAAGCUGCUAAUAUAGAAGAGAAGGCUGCAGCCAGCAAGGAGGUGGAGGCAGCAAGACAUCAUGGCCAUAGCCACUUAGCUAUGGACCCAGCGGAUGACACGAUUGUCGCAGCAUUACGUGGUCUGCUCAUUGUACUUGCGUUGUCCAUUCACGAGCUUUUUGAAGGCCUAGCAGUAGGAUUGGAGUCCUCGUCAAGAAAUGUUUGGUACAUGUUCGGUGCGGUGUCAGCGCAUAAGUAUAUCAUCGCGUUCUGUAUCGGUGUGGAGUUGCUAGCCGCGGGCACGAAGCGGUGGCUGUCCGUUGUGUACAUCUUCACAUUCUCGUUCGUAUCAGCGCUGGGCAUCGGCGUGGGCAUUUUACUGGUCGGCGGGGCGGGCGCGGCCGCGGCCGGACUAUACUCAGUUAUAUUACAGGGUCUAGCAUGUGGUACGCUGAUGUACGUGGUAUUCUUCGAGGUGUGGCGACAGGAUAGGACGGGACUGUCACAGUUCCUCUGCUCUAUUGGCGGUUUUACACUCAUGGUCUGCUUGGAACUUAUCGUUGAAUUAGCUGCGUGACGAAGAUACAUCGAUAGAAAAUAUAACAAUAACAUUGAGAUUGUGAUGUACAUUACAUUUAUUUAAGUUAACUUAUAAGAU